AUGUUACCUCGCUCUGAUGAUGUUCGUCAUAUGACGGAAGAAAGCUUAGCACCUUUUCACCGGAAUCGAAGGAGAUUGCCUCGGAAACAGCGUCAGCAUGAAUCUUCCGGUAAAGCCAAUCGACAGCUGUUGGAUUUAGAUCAUUGUGAUUUGAUCGGACUCCUCUUCUACAGUGUUGGGGCUAAUUUUCGUAAUCUCAAAGUCGACUCGGUUCACGGAAAGCGAUACGCCUACAAAUUUGAUUUCACCGGUCUAGCCCAAGCGAUGCAACCACCGGCGCCGCCGACCUCCGUGACCAGCAUCAAUGGGGUACCUAACUCCAUGAGCACCGGUGGCCACACCAAAUCGCAUAUCCAUUCACAAAACCACCACCAGGCUCAUCAGAUUGGUGGUGGUGUCGGCAGAAAUGGCGUUUCCAAUGCGACUGGCGCAUCUGCGAGCACUUGUGCUUCAUUCGCCUCUUCCGGUUCCGCCUCGACAACGGGGCUCACGAGUUGCUGC